AUUUGAUUUCCUGGAACCAAACUGAGCAGCUGCUGACACUUUAAUUUUUGGGCUUUAGCACUUCUGGAUUCUAAGUUUUUGCUGCUUGGGGUAAAUUUAAUUGGAGACGUGGACUUAUUUUUAUGUCUAAAAGGACAAGCUUUGCUUUUAGUUUGUAAAACAUCCCUGUGAUCAUGCUGUUGCCAUUGUUAACAGCGCUAGAAAAGAAACUGAUGAACAUCUUUGCUGAUUAAAAUUUGGAUUAAAUUUGGUCAAAUAAAAAGCGAGACUGAUCGGAUAUCACAGCACAAUGAACUGAUAUGAGGGGAUCUUUCCCAGAUUUUGGACGACACCAAAUAGAAAGACGGACAGACAGACAGAUCACUACAACUGUGAAGACAGGCAGCGUGCUGUCCAAAGACCCAGCCAGACGCACGGAGAGGGACAGACAGACAGUCUGAUGCCAACUGUCUCUACUGUCAAUCUCACGGCACCACUCCUCCUCCUGUUGCUAUGGGCAACCCACCCCACCAUGGCAACCAACUGGCUCUCCCUGGCGAGGCUGCCUCGCUCCAGGCCCGUGUCCGGUGCUGCCCCAUGUGCACGUCUGAGGGGACUAACCCCUGGUCAGGUGGGAGUGUGCAGGGCACGGGGGGAGGUCAUGGAGUCUGUACGCAAGGCAGCCGAGAUGGUCAUAGAAGAGUGCCAGCAUCAGUUCAGGAAUCGCCGUUGGAACUGUUCCACCACCCCACGUGGGAUCAACGUAUUUGGCAGAGUAAUGAACCAAGGCACUCGUGAGGCGGCCUUUGUGCAUGCUUUGUCCUCAGCAGCUGUGGCAGUGGCUGUGACACGAGCCUGCACCCGUGGGGAGCUGGAGAGGUGUGGCUGUGACAGGAAGGUCAGGGGGGUCAGCCCAGAGGGUUUUCAGUGGUCAGGGUGCAGCGAUAACCUUUCCUAUGGUGUCGCUUUCUCCCAAACUUUUGUGGAUGAACCAGAGCGAGCUAAGGGGCUGUCAGCAGGACGACCACUUAUGAAUCUUCAUAACAACGAGGCUGGUCGAAAGGCCAUCCUUCACAAUAUGCAGGUGGAAUGCAAGUGUCAUGGUGUCUCUGGCUCCUGUGAGUUGCGGACCUGCUGGAAGGUCAUGCCUCCAUUUAGGCGCGUUGGCAUUGUGCUCAAGGAACGCUUUGAUGGAGCCACAGAGGUCCGCCUGACUCGUAUAGGAUCCAGGACAGCCCUGCUCCCCCGUGACCCCCAGGUCAAACCCCCCGCUGCCAGAGACCUUGUGUACCUUGCGCCAUCUCCAGAUUUCUGCCAUCUUGAUCCUGAGAACGGUAUCCCUGGGACUGCUGGUAGGAGAUGCAAUGGAACCUCUCGGCUGGCACCAGAUGGCUGUGAGCUGGUGUGCUGCGGGCCAGGAUACAAAGCGGGCCGGGCUGAGGUGGUGCAGCGCUGCUCCUGCAAGUUUUCCUGGUGCUGUUCAGUCCGCUGCCAGCAGUGCAAGAACACGGUCACCAUUCACACCUGUAGAGUGUAAAAUGGCUCAAACAAAACAAAACCAACUGAAAAGAAACACACGGACAAACCACUAGACAGAUAUUCCUGACCACAAGAUGAAAUAGGGACAGCACAGACACCAAAUUAUCAAAAAUUCUGGCCAAAUGUACAGUAACUUCACUUUAAUUUUCAGCCUGGACCAGUGGGGAUAGAGUUUGAGUAUUUUGUUGUAACAGCUGCAAAGCUAGAAUAUACGCAAAAAAUAUGACAAAGCUGACAGUAAGUAAGGUACACACAAAAAUCACUUUCACUUUUCUUGAACUUAUUCAACACUGCAACUGAAAAUACUGAGACAGGGCAAGCAAAGACAUGCAUGCACACAUACACUGUAUGCAUGAACACACACUCUGCAGUUAAUCUCACACAUAACUGACAAAGCUUUUAAAGGUGAACUUAACUGGAACUAACAUGGAAACACUGCAGUUUUAUUUUUAUUUUAUGCAACCCAUGCACAUUGUAUCAUAGACUGGCAGGUCUUUGAACACUGACUCUAUGACUCCUCUAUUCUGGUUUAUUUAUUUGUAUAUCAGUCUUGCUUCAUCUCAGUCUCCAGCAUCAUAAACAGCAAAAGUAACUUCUACUUACAUCAGUAUUCAUUUUGUUCCUCACCUUCAUCUCAUCUAUAUGUUCCAGCACAAGCAGUGCAUUUAGGUCUGUUCAAGAAGUCUAAUAAAUACAGUAGAUCCAAAAUAUGUUUCUUGAAUUUCUUAUUGACCAUGCGUCUAAGAUGCUGUCUCACUUGAAAUUCGAACUGAGGCACAUAAGUCUGAUGCAAAGUUAAAGAGACCCUGUGGGAUUUUGACUAGUUGAGGCACAAUGGAGAAACAUUUUGAUGUUUGUUUUUUUUUGUUUUUUUUUUAGUAAAAAAUGCAUGAUUACAGCUGAGGUGACAUUCACGAGGUUGUUUCUUUUUUGUGUUCCCUCAAAAGGAUGUUAACCCGUAUCUUUGUAGAGGCAUAAUUCCAGCCUUAUUUGCAUCUCAUGUUGUAUUAGCACAAGCACUCAGAUGACUAUAUACAUUUCUGUCAACUGCAGAGGGUGGUAAAACAGGCACGUAGUAUAUGUGAAACAUGAAACACACCAAAAUCCUUGCAAUGCACCAGGAAAAAAAAAAAAAAUUCAGA